UACAGUUUACGUACGCUUUGUAAACGUUUCUCUGUUAGUUAAACUCAAACCUACUAUCUCAUAAUGUCUGGCCGCGGCAAAGGAGGCAAAGUUAAGGGAAAGGCAAAGUCCCGUUCCAACCGGGCAGGAUUGCAGUUCCCGGUCGGUCGUAUCCACCGUCUGCUCAGGAAGGGCAACUACGCCGAGCGAGUUGGUGCUGGCGCUCCAGUCUACUUGGCUGCCGUCAUGGAAUAUCUGGCUGCUGAAGUUCUGGAAUUGGCGGGAAACGCUGCUCGUGAUAACAAGAAGACCAGAAUCAUUCCCCGUCAUCUGCAGUUGGCCAUCCGUAACGAUGAGGAAUUGAACAAACUGCUGUCUGGCGUUACCAUUGCACAGGGUGGUGUGUUGCCAAACAUUCAGGCUGUUCUGUUGCCCAAGAAAACCGAAAAGAAGGCCUAAAUUACUUCCCGCUCGACUGAAGACCGUGCGCAUCAAACCAAAACCGUCCUUUUCAGGACGACAAUAUUCGUUCUACCGCUAGAGAGUUGUUCGAAAUUAUGUAUUUGGUGUAAAGUAAACUAUUGUAUAAGUA